GAGAGCUUCAGAGUAGCAAACUAGCGACAAAACGACGACUUUUACCGAUUUAUUUUACGCAUUUACGAUUGUUGGACACUCACGUUCCUUAACUUUAAUGAUAAUGAAGCCGCAGCGGCGCGUGUCGCUAUGUUUGGCCUCAUAUGUAGGUUAAUCUGUGUUAUUACCAAGCUAAUAUUGGCACGACUAGUUAGCAAGUAAUUGUAUUGUUUACAAUUUAUUUUCAAGAUGUAUACUUUAUUAUCUGGAUUAUAUAAGUACAUGUUUCAAAAGGAGGAAUUCUGUGUUUUGAUCCUGGGACUGGACAACGCUGGGAAAACGACCUUUCUGGAACAAACUAAAACCAAGUUCAGUAGGAACUAUAAGGGAAUGAAUUUAUCAAAGAUCACAACUACAGUUGGCCUGAACAUUGGCACAAUUGAUGUGGGCAAAGCUUGUCUGAUGUUCUGGGACCUGGGAGGUCAGGAUGAGCUCCAGUCUCUGUGGGAUAAAUACUAUGCUGAGUCCCAUGGAGUCAUCUACGUGAUCGAUUCAACUGAUGAGGAGCGCCUGUCUGAAUCAAAGGAGGCCUUCGAGAAAAUGAUAAGCAGCGAGAUGUUAGACGGUGUACCGCUCCUUGUGCUGGCCAACAAGCAGGAUGUACCGGACUGUUUGUCAGUGUCAGACAUUAAAACCGCCUUCAGUGACUCUGCCCCGAAGAUCGGCAAGAGAGAUUGUUUAGUCCAGCCUUGUACCGCCCUGACAGGGGAUGGAGUGAACGAAGGCAUCGAUUGGAUGGUGAAGUGUGUUGUCCGAAACAUUCACCGGCCACCCAGGCAGAAGGACAUCACGUAGGAAGGCUCCAGCGCUGCUCCCGCUGACUUUGGACUGCGAGUUCUUCCUUGAGGACAUUCCAUGUAAACCCUGGAGCUGAUACCCUUUCCUCUCUCCUCGUGUUUUGCUGGGACUUUGAACAGUUUGGAUUUUGGCUUUUCGGGGUUCAUCACAGCCAGUGUCACAGUUUUUUAUUUAACACAAAGCAUAAUUUCAGAUGUGCUUUGAAUGGACUCUGACUUGUUGAAGCGGUGUCAUGACUUCUUCGGCUUCACGUGUGGGCCGUGGUCCCAGUCUCUGGAGCUGGCUGCUGUGACAUUCGCCACAGAAGCAAAGAAGCAUCGGUUCUCAUGGGAAAUAUACAAAACGGCAACGGGGGGAGGGGUGUUCUCUGAUGGUUCACGGUAUCAGAUCAACUGAACAAUAUUUAGCUCACAUUUUUUAAGUCCAAAAUUUAAUUUCCAUCCUCCACACUCUGUGUUUACACUAUGUGUAAAGACAUAUUAAGGAUGCUGCAGCUAUUGUGCUGUUGAGGACAGGAACCUUUUUCAGGCCUCUGGUUGAGCCGCUACCUUGACAACCACAGAAAUAAAACAGGAGCAGAACGGACAUUGAAAAGGUGUCCAUGGUCAUGUGACUGGAUAAAAAGAAAAAUAGACAUUGUUGUUACGGUGACGGCACCCGUCAGUGGGCAGCUGUUGUGAGUCUGUCGAGUGCCGCAACUUAGUUUAUAUGGAAGUUAUUAGCUUAAACGGUCGCAAUGGCAAUGGUAAAAAUGGCCGCCACACUGACUUUUUACUUUACUUUUACUUUCUACUCCUAUUUUAUCUCUGGUGACAACAGAAAGGGGGCGUGGCUAGAAAUGAUGUUGUCCACAUCCAUGGUGCUCUGAAUGCAGAGGGUCAUUCUUCAUGAACUUCAUUUUUUUCUCCUUUUUCAACCAGUUUGGUUAGAUUUCUGGAGUAAGGUCUGCUUAACAAGUUGAAGAGAUCUAGAUCUUACGGUUUUGUUCCAGGUAUAGAAUAAGUCAGUUAAUACUCGCCACGUGUCUGAGAAAGGGCAGUCGCUAACAAGUGUCUCAAACUAAAUGAUUCUACUCAAAGUCAACAGAACACAAGUCUAUCACAGCCUCUCUGUGGGUAGCCUGAUGUCAGCGUUGACGUCACGCUUCAACAAUCUAAAAAGUGGUGUUUGUUGGUGAAGAUUAUCUGACUAAACAAAAUAUGUAUGAUACAUUUUUUUACGAAACAAGUUUAUUUUCUCCAAUAAUCCAAAAUCCAAUCGCUUUAUGCGGAGGGAACCACUGCGAUGCUAACUUCCUCUUGGACUCGGACAUCCCUACAGCUCUGCAGAGAAACAGGGUUAACUGUCUGUGUAGUAGUUGACAUUCAAAAGAUGAAUACAGAUGAGACGAAAAAAAUAGGGGUGCUGAAUGCGUUAAAUAUAACAAAAGAUUAAUUUAAUUUCUCUUCGACUUCAAAGUUUGAACUCUCCAAUCUGCACACUGCCUCCUCAGCAUUCACUAAUGUUCUUACACCUAACUUGUUGUGUUAUUUAUUCAUCAGGUUUUUGGCCUUGAGAGCAAAUGACUUGUUGAAAGGGUUUGGGACAUUUUGUCAAGGCCUACUUUACUUUGACGGGGUUUCCUGUGGCAGCUGUGUAGUGUGGAGAGUUCAAAUCCAAAUAAUGUGAGCAAAAAUAGUUUGAGUCCAACUCUGCAUGAAGAGGAGAAAAAACUAUGAACGCUUUAUUUUUAUUUUUAUACUCUCCUUUUUUGGUUGCACAAUUGUACUGGUAGCACAAUGCAGCUCAUUGGAGCUUCAUACAUCAAACAGCUCAGAAAUGACAUGAAUACCUGUUGUCAGCUUGCUGUAAAAUCAGCUGUUCCCUAAAGUUGGAGCCCACAUUCUCAUUCAGAGCCAGAACAAUGCAGGUGUUUUCAGAAACUAGAAUUAUCAUUAUCUAGCAAUUUGUCGUUUUAGUUUCUUUAUGUUCCCCGUUUAUGUUUUUUGGGGGGGGGGGGGGAUUGACUUUGGAAAUAUUAAUGCUCAUAAUUGGACACUACAGCUGGGUAACAGGGCAAGAUAUCUGUCACAGAGGAAUCCUGCUGCAUCACUUUAUACCAGGAGGGUCACUUGGGAUGUAUGAAGUUGUGUCCUCUGUCAGUCACAUAUAUGGCAGAUGAAAAUAAUAAACUUCUGAUUUCAAAGACU